AUGGAGGAGACGUUGGGAGGGACGAGGGUGCGGCUGCCGCACUACGGCGAAGAGAACCGUGCGGCCUCACGAAGCUGGGGCUCGCAUGUGGUGAACGUCGUGCAGCGGCGCCUGCCCGACCUGCCCGCCCUUCUCCACGCCCUGGCCGACAUCGCUGGGGCGGAGGAGGUGUGCGGCGAUGGCCUGCGCACCUUGCUCACCCCCGCGAUGGUGGCCGACGACGACUUGAACGGAAGCGCCGUAGGGGGAGGCUUGCAGAGCCUGCUCUUGGCACGCCGCGCGCGGGACUCGACGCCCGCUCUCGCCCCGGAAGGGGUGGCCCGCUUCUACGGCGAGGUGCUGCCGGCCAUGCAGCGACUGGCGCUACGCAUCGCCGAGCUGUUUCCCGACCCACAAGCAACCCACUCGAUCCCGCUCAUGCUGCCUCAGCACCACACCACCGUCACGCUCACCCAGGAGGAGUGCGGCAGCUUGCUGUCCAACUCGUUCUUCGGGACACUGUGGCACCGGCCAUCGCUCUACAAUCCGGGUGUCGGCUUCCCGCAAUUCGAUCUGCAAACGCUCGUGGCUUGCGGCGGUGGCCCAGGCCUCUCCACCCUGCGGUGUCUUCUCCACUACUUUGAGCGAUUGGCCCUGAACGUGCCCGAGGGCAGUAUCACGUUCAGGCGCCACUUCCUCAGCAGGGCUGAGACGUCCGACUGGGCCACCAGCGACCGACCACUGCGGCGAAUCGUGGUGGAGCCCAAGGCCAACCUCGAAGACUCUCCCUGCCCCUAUCUCGUCGACUUUGCCAACGCCUACGUCGGCGGCGGCACGCUCACCGGGGCGUGCAUGCAAGAAGAGAUACUCUUCGCCACCCGACCCGAGUGCUUGGUCUCACUGCUGUUUUGCUCGCGGCUCGAAGACAACGAGGUGCUGUGCAUCAAGGGCGCCGAGCGGUACAGCCUGCACUCGGGCUACGGGCAUACCUUCAAGUGGAAGGCCGACCACAGCGACGCCACGCCCAGGGAGCGCACGCUGGUGGUGAUGGACGCCGAGCAGGUCUCGGGUGCCAUUCAUGACUGGAAGCUGCACGUCGAUCGCGACCUGCGCAAAGCCUACGCCGGGUUCCAUUUCGCUGUCGACGCCGAUGAAGGCGAGGAGGCCGCGGGACCGAUCGCCACCGGCAACUGGGGCUGCGGAGCGUUUGGUGGCGACAAGUCGUUGAAGGUGAUGCAGCAGAUGAUGGCCGCCUCGCAGGCCGGGCGAGACCUGGUCUACCACGCCUUUGGCACCACCUACCGCGGGCGGCUGCUGGCCGAGUGGAUCGACGAGCUGCAGGGCCUGGUGGCGGCCCGCCAGCUCACAGUUGGCGAGCUCUACCGCGCCAUCAUCGAAGCUACGCCAGGCACCAACCUCUUUCAAGUUGUACACACAGCCUACGCCGGCCAAUAG